GGACUGAACUUAAUCUUGUUUGUCCCAGAGUAUAUCAAGAUUAAAUCCAAUGCAGUUAACAGGUUUGCACCAAUGUAAAACUGAUAUGAGAUCAGUAUCAGAAUGUAUAUAUUUAAUCCUUCUUAAGGGUGACUGUGACUCCAGGGAUACAUGUUUCAGUAGAAACAGAGCAACCUAUUUGAAUAUCUACGGAACCAAGCCCUUAUUCCAAAUUGAACCUGACUGUUUUUGAUGCUCAUUGACUUCUCUCUUUGAUUUUAAAUUGGCGGAUGUGUCUGAUCUAUAUUUUGUGUGUUUCAUGUUCAGGUGCCGUUCCACUUCUUGAGUACAACUGCUUCCAGAAGUUGAAAUCUCAAACCCCUUUGGGAAAAGCUAGCCAUGGUAUUUCUGAUCAAAAGCAGUUGGUAUUAGAAAUCUUUCAGGGAAACCUUCUCUCAUAAUGUAAGCAACAAACUUGGUAUUAAAAUCUCACAUUUCAGCUCUCCCAACUUUUCAAGGCUCGUAGACCAUUAUUAGUCUUCAUUAGAAUGCAGUGGGAGCUACCGCAGCUAAGUGAUCAUUUGCAUCCUGUAUUGCAAGUCUCGUCUCCUCAUUUCUCUCUCUCGUUCUGAAAAUUUGUUUAUUUUUCAAAUAUCGCAGUCUGAUCAUGUAUCUGUCUCCCCCACCACUGCCCCUCAAAGACUACCUAUGAGUUUCUCCUUGGUCUAAUUUAAUAGGCAAUCUGCAUCUGUUCUUCCUGAGCUCCCUACCCCCCCACCAGCUGUUGACCUAUUCCUUAUUGCCAUUGCCUCCCUAAUAUUGAACACCCACAAGAUGGAACAGCACAAGCAUGUAGAGUAUGGGGGAGGGGGAAACAAUGGGCAGGAAAUUAAUUCAAGGAUUAAAAGUUCAAUAUCCAAAUACCAUUCCCUGAGCAAAGCAAUUUCUUUCUUAUCACCCCCCUCCCCAUUUCUAAAUAUUUACUAUGUAAGCAGUUAAUGGUCUAUAUAAAUACAUGACUGUGCAAGGUAUUCUAAUUGUAAAUUAAUAAACCACAAACCUUAUUUCUUCUCAAACCAGUGCUAAGAUAAUGGGCUGUGGUUUGAUCUUGAGGGCAUUUUUUUUUUUACAGGACAGGUAUAAAAAACUAAAUACGGUGAUUUUCCCACUAUAACCCUCUAUUCUAAUCAUAAUGGAACAAAUAAUGUUAUUUCAAUAGAACAUGCAUUCUCUUUCCAAGCAAUCUACUCUAUGCAUGUUGUAUUUUCAUUUUCCCCUCAGUAGAGAAGCAAUAAGUCAUCUGCAAAUAUUUAUCUAUAUGAAAUCCAGCAUAGGAUCUUAUGAAAAUAUUUGUUCUAUAAAGGAGAUAACAUAACUGAAAAUGAGAUUGCAGGAUAAUGGUUGGAUUAAAAAAUAAAAAAGACCAGAGAAAGAAAACAUCACCCCAUAAUUACUGGUCCUCUCUCCUCCCUUCUUAUUGGUGUCUCCCUCUCCUUGGAUUCCAGAGCUUGUUUUAUUUCUCAGCAGCUGGUCUACAGUGUGGGAGCUUCGACUCUCAGUGGGAAACCUGAAUGAAACUGCAGAAAGGGAAUAAAGAAAAGUUUAUUUCUGGCGUUUGCAGUAGAUGGACCUGCUUCUGAUUCUCUUAGACACAAAGGCGGCUUUACAAUAUUCCUGAAAAAGAAACGAGAAAAACAAGAGUGGAAAUAUGACUUGAAAUUUCCAACAGGUAAGAAAUCAGAGGAUUCAUAAGCAAACUGAAGAAGUCAAGUACUACACCAUAAGCCAGCUGAAGGAGAAAAACAUCACUGAAAUAUAUAUUUCCAAGUGUCGUUUUAUUCUGCAUUUCUGAUUAAGGAUGGUUGGAAAGCAUAAUGAAGAUUACAGGUUUGUAAUACCUGCAACUGUAAGUCUAAGAUUUCUUUUUUGUCAAAACUUUUAUUGAUCGCUUUGGGGAGGAGGGGGGAAUAUUUCAUUCCGGUAUAUCUAGAGAGUCCUUUGAAUGAGGUGCUCAUUUUCAUAUGCUUAUUUUAUGAUCAAACUAUGGCUUAUAACUUUCUUUGACUUCUCAAUGUUUCAGCUUCAGGAAUAACAGAACCAGAGUAAAUGGUUUCUCUUUUGUGAUGUUGUGAAACUGUCUGCUUAUGGUACAGAAUUUUUUUUAAAUGAGAGAACCAAGGGGCAUUGCAGAAUCACAGAUAUGACUUCUCAUUCUAAACACUUCAAAAAUUAAUCAAUCAGACUUUGUUUCAUUUCAAGGAAGUAGAGGAUGUUAACAUUUACAAUUGGUUGAAACAAUGUUGAUGCUCAUUACAACGGAGUUUAAUUCAUGCUGCCCAGCACAGUGAUGUCAUUUAUUCUUCAAAGGCAACAUAGCUGAGACUAUGUUUUCCAGAGGGGCGUAAUAAUUACCAUGUUAAGGGAAUGAUUAAAUUACCUUUUAUUAUACUAUAAUAUAUACUUUUCUGAACCCACAUUGCAGAGCAAUCCAGUAACAAUGUCCAAUUAUCAGAAAUGAAGCUUUUCCCUGGAACAGUGACAAAAAUACUUGGUGUGCGAAGAAUGAAUGAACUACAGCCCAACAGAUUAGAAGGUUGUUAAAGGGACAUUCCUUAAAGGUAACGUGCCAAACUAGUCGAGUCCACACUGCCUGCAGCAGGAGGACACUUGGCACUUGUUACUGAACUCUGCAACAGUGGCUAAGCAAUUCAGCACAGCAAAUAACGUGUAAAACAUCACAAAAUGGACACAGCUUCAUCUCGUACUUGGUCAUCAUAGCCUCCCCCCCCAGCAGAGAAAACGGGAUUUUUCUGGCAAGUUGCAUGGCUCCUAGCUAGAUCCUACUUCGCUACCUGGUUUUCUCCAGGAGGUAAGGGUUUGGAUGUGCAUGGGGCAGGCCAGCAGAGUGAUCAGAGCAAGUAGGAGAGGCCAGAUGAACAGAGAAUCUCCUCCCGGACAACAGCCUUUCUACAGAGCUGGACUCUGGAUCCAUGGACAUCCCUGCACUAGCAGGGACUCCCUGUCUUUUCAGCACAUGCAUCCUACUGUGUAGCACAAAUGCAGCAGGACAGUUAUUGCCUCUCAGACCAGCCGUAACUGAUGGUGGAGUCCAGGGAUAUGUUGCAUUUAACUGCUGUUCAUCCUCCAGCUGGCUACGUCACACCAGCUGCUUCAUGCCCCAGCUAUGUCGCCUGUUCACAAAUGGCCUGAGCUGCCAAGUACCAGCUCCUUCAGCGCCCACAGAAAUACCCGAGUUGCAGUGUUUUUCAGGCCCAGAACAAAUGAGAGGACUAGUUGAGGUGCAGGGUACUAUUGCCACCUGUUCUUUCCCCCGACUGUAUGGUACAUGCGAGGGACCAAGCAGGCUGUUUCAGCCUUUAGAUUGCACCGACAUGCCAGGAGUGGCUUUGCAAGUCCCUUUUCCACUCCCUCACAUAUCUAUCUGCACAAGAUCAAGUCUGUCUCCUUAGGCUGGAUGUAAGGCUGAGUGUUUGGAUCACAUUUGGAUCAACACGACCACAGAAAGGUAACAGGGAGAAAGCCAUUCCCCAUUCUAGCAUAACUGAGCCAGACCUUUCUUUUUAUUGUGCUCAGGGCAAUUUAUUCCUGCUUGCCAUCAGCUCUUUCACAGAUUCCUUAGACACAGUUUCUUGAUCUGGAAUGGCAGGGCGAAUUGCAAACAGCGGUGGCAGAAGGAAGCCACCCAAGGUGGAAUUUCAGGUGAGGAUUUUUUUUGACCAAGAUGAGUACAGAUCUGGGAGUCAUAAAAAUCUACAUACGGGUCCUCAGUUUAGUCAUGAACUUGUUGUGCAACCGUGUUCAAACCACUGAACAGAGCUGUGCCUCACUGACCUAGUAAUGGUAAAACCUUUUUCUGUAAAAUGUUUGACAGAGAUGCCUUGCAAGUACAAAGUGUUCAUCACAGUGAUGAAUUUUCUUUUAUUUGUGUAUUUUCUUAAAACUUACAUUGCUUCCUUUUCCUGGCUUCUUCACAGGGCAGUCACAGUGUAAUAUUUAUUUCUAGGGAUAAAGAAGAACCUGCUUCUAGUUUAUUUUCCUAUAACUCCACAGCCACAGGAUUAAGAAUUCAUCAAUACUGUAAGUACAUCUAUAAAUCUGUCCAAAUACAGCUUUGUGAAGAUCAAUAUAAAAUUGGACCCUAUUAAGGCCUUGGGAGGCUCCAAGCAAAUAUCUACUAAAUAAUUAAGGCAAACAAAAAACUCCCCAUCCUAAAAUUGUACCCAUGGUUUCAGAGUUCCUUGAUGAUGGAUAAAACAAUUCAGCAUCCCAGCGUGGGUUUGUCUAAUCGAACCGUUGUAAAUAGGAGCAACUCACAGUUCUCAGACUUCGAGUCAUGUCAGCUUUCUUUCCCUGUGGUCUUCUUGCUCAUCACGGCUUACACCGUAGUUACCAUAGUAGGGCUUUUUGGAAACCUUUGCCUGAUUAUUAUAAUAAAAAGACAGAAAGAAGCUCAAAAUGUUACAAAUAUUCUGAUUGCCAACCUCUCCUUAUCGGACGUCAUGAUAUGCAUCAUGUGCAUUCCCGUCACUGUCGCAUACGCUUUGAUGGACUACUGGAUUUUUGGCAAAGCCAUGUGUAAAAUAAGCUCGUUUGUACAAAGCAUGUCUAUCACAGUCUCUAUAUUCUCACUUGUGCUAAUUGCUGUUGAGAGAUACCAGCUAAUAGUAAAUCCCCGUGGCUGGAAGCCUAAUAUUUCACAUGCUUACUGGGGAAUUAUCUUAAUUUGGGGGUUUGCCCUCAUCAUAUCCAUUCCUUUUUUCAUAUUUCAUCAAUUGACUGAUGAACCCUUUAAAAAUCUCUCUCUCCAUGGUGAUUUCUACAAAAACAAAGUUGUUUGCAUUGAGACAUGGCCAUCCGUUACAGAGCGACUGAUUUUCACCACCAGUCUCCUGGUUUUCCAGUACUGCUUCCCACUGGGUUUUAUUUUUAUCUGUUAUCUCAAGAUAUCUGUAUGUCUCCGACGGAGACACGGUAAAGUGGAUAGGAUGAGGGAGAAUGAGAGCAGACUAAAUGAGAACAGAAGGAUUAACAUGAUGCUGAUUUCAAUUGUCGUGACCUUUGCUGCUUGCUGGUUGCCUCUGAAUAUAUUUAAUGUUGUUUUUGACUGGAAUUAUGAAGCCUUGAUGAACUGCCACCAUAAUCUAGUGUUUACAUUAUGCCACUUAGUAGCCAUGAUCUCAACCUGCAUCAACCCCAUCUUUUAUGGAUUUCUUAACAAGAAUUUCCAGAAGGAUUUAAUAGUGUUAAUUCACCACUGCAGAUGCUUGGCAUCUCAGGAGGCUUAUGAAAACAUUGCCCUUUCAAACCUGCAAACAGACAUCUCUAAGGGGUCCCUGAAAUCCAAUAAUAGGCCAGUGACUAUUUAAUAUAAUCCAGUCCAGAAGUUUCCAAAACUUUGUAUUUAUUGUGAAGUGACAUUCUUUAGAGGAACUAUGCAGGUCUCAAUCCUGUUCCUACCAAAGUCUUUGCCACCAAGUUCAGCGGGGCAGGAUCGUGCCCCAAAAGAUAGAUGUAUUUUGUACUUUAUCGGUGAUUAAUUCUAGCAAGCCACACCCAAGAAUGUCAAAGUCAAUGAGAGUGAAAUACCAACAGUAUUAGCAUAUCGGCUUUUCGCCUCUGAUUUCAAGGUGAGGGACGUGCUGCCAGAAUGCAGAAAUAGUUGGCCGUCUCAGCCCAUGAUAUACGCAACAGUCCCUACAUCAAACGGUUCCUCCUGUUCUGCCUACACAAUCCAAUUUUACCAUCACCCCCACAAUCCCAUCAGUCCUUUGGCUAACAUCCCUGGCCUUGCGUUUCUCAAUGAACCAUACUCAUCUUUGCCCAACAUCUCAUAGAGACUAUGCCAAAUGUGUGGUCAAUCCUUCCAGCAGGAGUUGAGACAGGCAGGAACUUUAAUUUAGAUGUAGAUGAUGAGGAAAGGAAAGGCUGGGGAAAAGCGAAAUCUCCAUGUUCUGGGCCUGAGCUCAUAGGUGUCGGGUGCAAACAGCAACUGGGUCUGCGCCUUCUCCUUACACCCUCGUGCUGGAGCAGUGGCAAGGAUCUGGGGCAAGCAGAAUGCAUGCCCCACGGAUGGGUAGGAGCACUUGUGAGAAAAGGAGAGAGGAGCCUCCCCUCCAGCUCUUCUUGCAACAAGGGCAAACGCUCUUGCUGCAUGAGAAUUGAGCCUGCAGAAGGCAGCUCAGGUCCUCCUCAAGCAGGUGCCAAGAGUUGGCUCUGCUCCUAGAGCCUCCCUUGGCACCUGCAGGUUGGCCUGAGAAAAAAAAAUUAUUUCCCCUAUAUCUACCCCUAUUGUGCCCAGCAGAGACGUGAGAGGUCAAAAUGUAUUCUGCGGGACACCCCCUUAACGUGCUCAUUUUAUAUAAGGAGCAUGGGGUGCCAUGCAUCUCUCCCCUUCAGGCGCAGGACAUGGUUAAUUUGCUGCCUAUUGAUUUAGAGUUUCCAAGCUUUCACCACAAGGAAAAAGGCUAGAGUCUGGUUUUUCUGUUGUUUAGGAAAGCAAGGAUAAGCCCAAAUUGUGCUCUUACAUGUCUUAUCCAGCUCAACAGUGUUUCAGAUAAAAAUGCAUAUGUUAUUCUGCAUAAUUGCACUGUUUUCUCCUCACUCGCCAGUACAAAUUGUAGGGUUCUUUGUUUUAAAUACCACCGGGCCCGAGAGCAUGCUCAUUGGAACAGCCAACAUCAAACACACUGUGAAUUCAGAAUUAGUCAUUUGUUUCAGCUACUUACACAGACGAAAACUGGCUUCUCUGAAGGGAAAAUGAGUUGCGUUCUUCAGGUUGCAGAGAUUUCCUCCUCCCAAUCCCUGUGUGUUACCAAGAUGUGAGGCGCAGAUGAUGAGGCGUAUUUUAGACAGGCUGGUUUUUGUUUCAGAGCGUGCAUCUAGUUGAAAAUGCCUAUAACAUGAAAAUAUAGUAGGGCCGUGCCUGGACAUCUAAAGAUAUAUUACCAAAUGCUAAUUUUCUUCGAAUUAAAAGAUACUGAAAACUGUGUUACAAUAUAAUACAUUUUCAAAAAUAUGAGAAGACUCAUUGAAAAUGUGCUCCAGCCUCCUCAUGGUACUGUCAGUGCAGACAAUUAGGAAUGGUGCUGAGACACAAGUCCAUUAGCUGCUCUUCAUAUUGCACUACUAUGAUAGCACUUUAUCCCCCAUUGGCUAGUUAGAACAGGUGUCUGCAUUUCAACAAUUAUAUCAUAUCUAUAUAUAUAUCUAUAGAUAUAUGUAUAGAUAUAUAGAUAUAGAUAUUGAGAUAUAUAGAUAUAAAUAUGUGUGUGUAUGUGUGUGUGUGUGCAGGUGACUUUUCUCACCCCACAAAUCCUUCAACAGCAACUAACAAUAAUGUCACAAACAGAGCAUAAUUGCUACGUAGAAGCUAUACGUGGAAGUCUUUUUUUUCUAAUUGAGAAGUAAUGUUUUCAGACUUAACUUUAUGCUGUCUUGUUUAUUUAUGCCUGCUAAGCCCUAGGCAGAUCUGUUGUCCCUUCAGAGAUCAGUUAGCCCAAAGAUAGUCAAGCCAUAGCUUGCGGCAUAGAUAACCACUGUGGGGUACGCAUCUGGUAGGUGAUAGAGAAGGGAACAGCAACAGAUAAGGCAGGGAAGGGGAUUGGAGAGCAUUUGAAGUGGGUACAGGGCUUACCCUAUGUUACUCCUGCCAAAAAGGCUGGCCUCGACUGAAUUUUAGUCAAUCCCCUUACCGACAAUGCAGGAUCAAUUAUACCUGAACCAUCUUCAAGAUGAACAUCUAACCUGUUUUUAAAAGCCUCCAAAAAUGGAGACUCCACAGUUUUCCUAGGCAAUUUGUUGUAGCACUUAGCUAUGCUUAGAAGUUAAAAGAAAAUGUCUAAUAUUCAACCUAAAUCUCUCAUGUUGCAAUUUAAGUAUGUUGCUUCUUGCCCUAUUCCCUGUGGGUAUGGAAAACAAUUGUAGAAUCACUGAAAAUGGGAGUUGGAAGGGACCUCAGGAGGUCACAUCCAGUCCAACCCCUUAAUCAAAGCAGGACCAGCCCCAGCUACAUCAUCGCAGACAAGGCUUUGUCUAGCUGGGUCUUAAAAACCUCCAAGGAUGGAGAUGCCACCACCUCUCUGGGUAACCUGUUCUAGUGCUUCACCACCCUCCUAGUGAGAAGGUUUUUCCUACUAUCUAACCUAAACUUCCCUUGCUGCAACUGGAGCCCAUUGCUCCUUGUUCUGCCAUCUGCCCCCACUGAGAAUGGUCCAGCUCCAUCCUCUUUGGACCCCCCUGCAGGGAGUUGAAGGUUGCUAUUCAAUCCUCUCUUGGUCUUCUCUUCUCCAGACUAAAUAAGCCCAGUUCCCUCAGCCUGUCCUCACAAGUUAUGUUCCCCAACCGCCUAACCACUUUUGUUGCCCUCCUCUGGACUCUCUCCAAUUUGUCCACAUCUUUUAUAUAGUGGGGGGGCCCAAAACUGGACACAGGACUCCAGAGGUAGCCCUACCACUGCCAAACAGAGGCAAAUAAUCACUUCCCUCCAUCUGCUGGCAACGCUCCCACUAAUGCAGCCCAGGAUGCCAUCAGCCUUCUUCACACCGUUGGCUCAUAUUCAGCUUAGCAUCCACUGUAACCCCCAUGUCCUUUGCUGCAGAGCUGCUGCUUAGCCAGUCAGUCCCGGCUUGUACUAGUGCAUGGGGCUGUUCUGUCCUAAGUGGAGGACUUUGAACUUGUCCUUGUUGAACCUCAUGAGAUUUCCUUUGGUCCAAUUCUCCAAUUUUCAAGGUCUCUCUGAAUCCUCGCCCUACUCUCCAGUGUAUCUAGUACUCCCCCUAGUUUGGUGUUAUCCACAAACUUGGUGAGGAUGCACUCUAUCCCAGCUUCCAGGUUGUUGAUGAAAUAUAGCAGUUGCUGUUUAAGGAGAGCUGAGAGGUGGGACCUGAACCCACAAUCCCUGGAUCAAGGGACCAGUGCCUUGUCCAUUAGGCACAAACUAUUCAUUAAACUUCCUCUUUGCAGCAUCCUUUUAUAUAUUUGAAGACCGUUACCAUCUCUUUCUUUUGGCUCCUUUCCACUCCAUGCCCUCCCCCCAGACCAAAAAAAUCUAAACCUUUUCUCAUGCCUCAUGUUUUCUUUACCUCUGAUCAUUUUUAUUGCUCUCCUGGGGGCGCUCUCCAACUGGCUUGCAUCUUUGUUGAAGUGAAUGUAGUUCCCCAGUUGAGGUCUUACCAAGUGCCGAGUAGACCAGAAGGAUUACUCCAAAUGGCUGACGUAUAAAAAUGCUUGCUUAUAUGUCCCAGGAUGAGAUCUGUACUUUUCUCAGCUUUAUGACACUGUUGAGCCUCAGUUGAUUCACUAACUCCAGCUGCUUUUUUUCAGAACUGCUGCCUAGCUAGUCAUUCCCCAUCCUGUGUUUGUGCAGCUGCUCUUCCUACUCAAGUGCAGGACUUUGCACUUGUCCUUAUUAGAAUGGCAUCCAAUUUAUUUCAUUUAUCUUUCCAAUUUCUCAGGAUUAUUUUGAAUGUUAAUCCUGUUCUCCAAAGUGCUCAACUGGGAUAUAUUGCAGGCAUCAUCUGAAAGUUUAAUAAGUAUACUGUCUAGUCAAUUAUCCAAGUUGCUAAUAAAAAGCAUUGAUUAGUACCAGACCUACGACAGAUUCCCUGCACAACCCUAUUUGAUGCAUCCUUCCAGUUUGGCAGGAAACCACUGACAGCUAUGAUAUAAGGAUUGCUUUCCAACUGGUUAUACAACUGCCUCAGUAGUUUGAUAUUCCCUUAGACUGCUUAUGAGAAAGUCAUGAGACAGAGUCAAGUAGCUUACCAAUGUCAAGAUAUUUUGCAACUACUGCUUCUUUCCUAACCUUUUUGGUUUUUUUAAUUCUGUCUUAGAAGGACAAUAGGUUGAUUCGACAUGAUUUGUUUUUGUCAGACCCAUGUUGGCUGUUUAUCACCUUGUUACCUUUCAAAUAUACAUAAACAGGUUAUUUGUUCCAGUAUUUUUCUGGGAAUUGAAAUAAAACUAACCAGUCCCGUAUUCCCUCGGUCCUCCUGUUUCUACAUUUCAAAAGACAGGCACUUUGUUUGCCCUUUUCCAGUCUUCUGGCACCUCGUCUGCCCUCCGUGUGCUCUCAAAAACGAUCGCUAGUGGCUUCGAGAUUGCUUCAGCCAGAUCCCCAAGUAUUCUGGAGUAAAUUUCACCAGGCCCAGCUAAUUUGAAAAUGACUAAUUUAUCCAAGUAUGUUCUGUUCUCUCCCUCUUUCAGCCCAAGUUGUCCAAUGUCACCAACACUAAUCCCAAUUGGCUUCUUUUUUUUUUUUUUUUUUUUUGUGAAGCCCGAUACAAAAAGUAUUAAAUCAUUCAGCUUCAUCCAUUAUUAGUCUUCCCUCCCCAUUGAGCUUGAGACCAACUCUUCCCUUGGUCUUCCUCUUCCUGGUACCAUACUUCUAAAACUGCAACUGUUUGUUCCACUUCCUGUUCCUUGCUAGUUGCAUCUCAUUUUGUGCCUCAGCCUUUCGACAUUUAUCCCCAUGUAUUUGACUCCUUCUGAACAGUGUUAUUAACUUUUUUUAGUUACAGCAGUUACAGACGGGAGAUUGUAAAGGACAGGACAUUUUGGUGUUCGCUGUGCCCCAGGGUGUAAAUGCUUUGAUUUGCAACGCUAGAUACGUGCACUCCAAAGGAGUCUAAAAGCAUUUCAGUUCUCCGGAGACUUGCAAGUGGUGAGAGAGAGCUGUACACCAGGCUGUAGUAUAUCACAUAAAACAUCACAUACUCCUCAGAAAAGCUCAGUGAAUCCUAAAUAGGUUUCACAAACCCAACUAAGACCGCUGGGAGUUUUGCCUGAGCAAGAGGUAUAAGACUGGACCUGAUGAGGCUGAAUCCUAUCAAAUCUUUUACUACAACACCAGGCAUGUAACGAAAGGUUUCAUAACUUAGUUUUAGCAGCUCCCCAAAACCUUGAAUCUAAAUCACAAGGAACUAGUGUGUCAGGAUUGAACGACUGAUGCUUGAACCACAAAUACACAUUCUUUUGUCCAACAUCAGGGAAAAUUAACUAGCGGUCACAUAAUAACAAGGCUUCCUGGUAGAUCACGUACUAUGAAAAUUACCUUUACAUUUUAAAUUUCCUGGAGCAGGGAUUAGCAUUUAUCACACUUGUACGGUGCUUAGAGUAAUGGAACGACGACUUGGUUGAAUUUUCCUCGUGCUGGUGCAGCGUAAGUGUGAACUAAUUAUUCCUAAUCCUUCACACUCCAAAAGAGCCCUGUGAAGAGAAGCUAGAGCAUUUGUAACAGUUUGCAAGGGGCUGUUUAAGUGUUUCCUGAUUCACUUUGAGCAGGAAGGGGAAGGUGCUACUGAUGUCAAUGAACACAGCUCUCUUAUGAGAAAGUAUUACUUACAUGAAUAAAGACUGCAGAAUUAGACAACCAGUAAUUAAGGACCUGGCUGAUAAAUUUGGACCGAGGAGCGAUGGUACAAUUAGGUAAUUUGCUAAUUGCAUUGAAGAAUUAGGUAUUAAAAAGUAGAAUGUCUCUUUUUUUUUCGGUUUUAAGUUCCUAAAUACGUACAUCUGUCUUGGUAGCACAGAGCUGAUAUAUUCUGAAGAAGAUAAAGACUUGUUAAGGACUAAGAGAGAGAUAUUUUAGUGCUCAAGUACUUUUAAAAAAAUCCACCUCUAAGGCCCUUUGCAUUUGAUAGGAGUCUUGCUAAUGAGACAGGCAAUUCUCCCAUUAAUUCCAAGGGCCCAAAUCCUUGGCUGGCUAAAUUGCUUCCCUUCACUGUCAUCCCCAUUUACAUCAGCCCAGCAGGAGCUGUAGCAGAGAUGGGACCAGUAUGCAAUAAGCCCUAUAGUCAUUAAUAAGACAGCUGAACUUAGCAUGAUUAAUCAGAGUAGAUGCUCUAUAGUCCCGGCAAGGAAAGGCUAGAAUUCGUUACAGGUGGAAAGCCAGGGUCAUUUCACAGACCAGUAAAACAGUUCUAUUACAUGCAUUCACUUACAAGCAGAUCUAACCCAGAAGCUUUACCUGCCUGGGAUUUCCAAGCCCUGUCUAUAAACCUCUCUUUAUACGGUGCUAACCGUUCUCAGUGAAAAACAGCUAAGCAUCAGCAGCAUUAUGAUCUGUCCUGUAGUCUUUUUUUUUUAAUAAAGCAUUCAAGAUCCUUGCUUUAAAAAAAAUCCCAUUCAACAGAUUCUUGCCCAAGAUGCAAUGAGCCAGAUUCCUUCCUCUGCUGAUUUCAUACUUCCCCGAUGGCGCUAUGGCCAGAACCGGGCCUCGUGAUGAGCAGAGCGUUUUCCCGAAGUGGGGAACUGGCUCCCACAGCCACUUCUCUCCCUACCCAGGCACAAAGAGCAAGUCAGGGGAGCGUGAAACAUCCCUGCACUUUAUUUAAAUUCUUAGCGGCCCAAUGAUCCAUUUAGGAUUGGAGCCACCUGAUACAAGUCAAGGCAGCCUUGAGGCUGAAUUAUAUCCAAUUGAUUCAAGUAGAUUGGUAAUAUAUCUGCUAUGGCAUUAAAUAGUUAAACAAGAGCACUUUGUUAGUGCUUUCUGUAUAUUCAUCUCAUUCUGAUGAAAGUUAAAUUAAGAAAUCAAUUUUUAAAAUCUUAUCACAGGCAUAAAAAUUCUCUUCAUUAUCCAGGUGGAAGCACUUUGAGCACUGAGAUUACUUCAGAACGCAGAGUUAAUAAUAAUUGUGCCUUGACUUCAUCAUGAUGUUUUAUUUCUUACACAUUCAUUUGGAUGAAGUGUUGACAAUCUGACUCAGUGCUGAACAGGUCUACCGGCUACCCAGCAUCAGCUUCUUAGGGGCACUUUAAAAGAUAUUAGGUCAAAGCACUACUCAUUAAGCAGGUUCAUUUUAGUGGGCUCCAAAAAGAUUCAUGCAUUCGUGCUAUUACCUGUACAUGAUAUGCACUAGCUUAUAUUUGGUCUGAACCAAUCUUAACUGAAGAUUUUAAUUCAUUGAUUUUCAUUUUUACUUCAUUGAUUUUAAUUGGAACUGGAUCAGAGGGCAUAUAAGGGUUAUUGCUUGGAAUACAUAAGCAACAUAGAUUUCUCUUCUGGGCAUAUUUAAAUGUUGUGAUUAUAAUUGUGGCAACAUACAGUAUACAGGCACUUCUCAAAUUAGUUUAUCACACACAAAUACUGACCAUAAGGUAUAUUUUCUCUGUACAAGAGGAGACUGCAAUCAUGUUGUAUUAUUAAGCUUUGUAAUCCACUGUCAUAGAGCACUUUCAAUUGCACAAUGAAAAACCCACAGUCUUGGAAACAGGUGGUUUAAAUGUAAGAAGCUCGAAGGGAUGUAUGCAAUCCAAAGCUGCUUCUAAAGCAGCACACAAGUAAUCUCAGCUGCAAAGUCCAAGCCUUUGUCAAAAAUGUGUUCACGUGCUACACUCAUGAAGAUACAUUCACUAUCUGGAUAGAUAGCCCUCUAAAUGGAUGUACUUAUGUAUGUAUUAGUCUCACAUGAUUCCUGCUCAGUUUGACUAUAAGUGUAUGUAACUUGACUUAGAUAUUUGGAAAAAAAAUAAUGUUCAUUGUGAGGAAUAGGAUUCCUAGAGUGUAUGUUCAGUUGGACGCUGUCUGUAAACAAAAAAAAAUGUGCAUGUGCAAACACUGUCAUUUCUGUUUUUCAUUUCAAUGGUUUCACUUCGCAUUGUGCUGUGACAAAUAAAUGUUAUACCUGUGUGAAACCACUGGGUUGCCCAACUGAUAAAUGUUAUUCCGUACAACUUUAGUAACGCAGCUCUGUAAAAGCAG